GUUCGUUCUAUCCCUAUGCGCAGUUCUGUUAAUGGUAUCGCGCGUUCGAUAGAAGCGAGUCCGGCGCGGUCCUUCGUGCUUUGGUUUCGUCGGCGGAUGCGAUCGCGCGCGAGCGUCCGCGUGAGAAACCGAAAGACGAGGGAAAGGGAGAGAAGACAGCUGUCAAACGAGACGCCGAGACGCUCGCGCACGCGCGCGCGUGCGUGUGUGCGCGAGACACGCGAAAAGUAAGGUUAUGCAAUUGUUUGCGCUGCGAGUCGCUCGCGCGCGGCUCGUUUGAUGCCAACGACAUAUACAUGUGAUUCAUUCGGAUCGUGUUCGAGUGCGUGUCCAGUGACAUCCGCGCGAGAGUGUAUCUCUGACAGUUCGAAGAAAUGACUCUCGCGUCAGACGACAAAUAAAUAUCCGGGAUGUUCCUCGCGAGCGAGUGCACUUUUCGCUUCCAAGUGACGGGAAUCAUCGAUCUCGACGUAACGAGGGCCAAGAAAAAAAGAGAGAGAGAGCCAUGACGGGGAAACUCGCGCGAGGAGGACGGAAGGACGGAGGCGAGCGACGAGAAGAGUGAAAUUCCGCGGAAAAGUGAGUUCGCGCGCAGUAAAGUUGAAGCGGUGAGUGCGCGCAGAGGAACUCGGCCGGGUGAACUCCCCUCUCCCAUUAUCGCGUCGUCUCCCGCCGACUUCGCGCACGCCUUCCUCCCUCCCUCCCCGAAGCAGCUCGCGUUUGUCGCCGUAUGUUUCCUUCUCGUUCUAUCCGGCAGACGGCGUCUCUCUUCCGCGGUGCCGUUUGACGACCUCUCGCUCCCACCCGCUCUCUUUUCUUCUCUUUCUCCGGACAGCACGCUGCCCUCGCUCAACUACCUGUUGUGACGUCCAGCGCGCUCGACGCACCGAUCAAAUCCGCCGUAAAUACCGAACCGAGAACGGUCUCGCAGUGUUUACUCGUGUUUACUCGGUGAAUUUUCCUCGAAUUAAACGACGAUAACAUUGAGAGGACACGUUCGGGAAAAUAUUUUCGAACGAUGAGGAGAGCCGGCGAAACGCGACUAUCACGGUGAAGGAGGAUCCCCGCGAAAGGCCUGUGUUGUGUUGUGUUGCGUUGCCCGUCUAUCCCUCCCUUCUCUCUUACGCCAGCAUCUCCGUGACGAGAGCGAUACACAGACGAGCGCGAAGGGGGAAGAGCGAGAACAGAGGCGGAGAACGAGAGCGCGACAAGGACGACGCGCGCCCGCGUGAUGGAGAGAGAAGGAGCGAACGAGAGAAAGGACUCGAGCGGACUCUUAUCGAGAAGUUAGUCGCGCGCGGCGAACCCACCGACGUCAAAUCUUGCGUUGCGCGCCUCGUCGAGAGUGACAGUUCGCGGACGAAUUCUCGGGAUUCUCGACGGACCCUUCGAGAGUGUGACGUGUAUUUUGAUAUCGCGGACGAUACGGUUGUUGACAUUCGGCACGCGCAUUCGACUUAUAUUAUAUUGACAGUCGCGGAGUUGUUUCGAAAUAAUAUCUAUCGGAGGAGAGUCCGGUGAGCGGGAGACGUGGUGCGACGACGCGCGCACUAUCGCGCGCGCGGUCACGUGGAUCGCGAAGAGAACAAAAGGCGGAACGCGCCGCGUUCAUUGACGAGUCGUGUCGACGCCGCGCGCCGGUGGCAUCGCGUCACACGUACAUCGGAAUACUCGCGUCGCGUGUGCGUAUACAUAUACAUGUGUGUGUGUGUGUGUGGGGCGACUGGAAUCUCUUCGGCGCGCUGAUAUAUCUCUCUUUCUCUUGACAAUCGUAUUAGUGCGGUCGUAUUUUCGAAAAGGAAUAUAAAUCUCGCGAGAGACAAAAGUCCCGGGGGCGCCUCCGCGCGAGCGCCGAGAUUAUUAUUAUUUAUUCCGGCCAGAUGCUUCUUCCCUGCCGGAAGUCAGGCAGGAUCGUCGACGAGCCAGCGAAUUGGAGGAUGCUCGGCGGCCGGGUGAAGCAGCCGGUGGUUGAGGACGACGACGAGGUCGCGCGACCGGCAUCGCGCGUUAUCAUCGACGACCACCUCGGUGGCACUCAUUGAGAACUGGCUUAUCCUGCGGUGGAUUUAGGGGGCUGUAUGGAGGCCGGGGGGCUCCUGCCCCGUCAGCCCCCGCAAGGCCCCCCGGCACCAUCCCCGUGUGCGCGGGCCAGGGCCCGAACGGGCACGCCGUAUCCGGCGCCGGUAACGUCCUCGGCCAAUCCGCGAUUCACGAGUUGAACGCGACCGGUCAGCUGGGCUUAACCGGCCAGCAGCAGUUGCAUCUGCAGCAGCAUCAACAACAAAUGGGCCAGGCACCCGGCAUGGGUGAGGUGCUCACCCCGAAGAGGCAGGCGGUCGUAGACCGUUUGCGACGUAGAAUCGAGAGUUAUCGGCGCAGACAGACCGAUUGCAUCCCGAGGUUCGAUCAGAGUUUCAACGGAUUGUGCGAGCAGAAUACGUACGACACCCAGGUGCUGAAGCAACGUUUCCUCGAGAGCAAGGCCAAGCGCCAGGCCAAGAAGACGGACAAGAAGCAGAGCGACUCGGUUGGCCUCUCCAACGUUCAUAUGCAGCAGAAAUACCUCAAGAGGACGGCCGAGGAUUUGGAGCCUGCCGGUGCUAGCGGCGAUGGCAGCUUCGGCGAGCCGCCGGUCAAGCUGCAGUGCACGCAGGGGCAGCAUCAGCACCAGCAGGGUCCAGGGGCUGGUGGUGGCGGCGGACCCCAUCACGGCCACGGCCAGCAUCAGCCGGGGAACGGUGCAAACUCGACAGGCCCGACGCCCGGCGGCGGAAGUGGUACCGGUGGCGGUGACGAGAGCCUCAAGUUCCAAGUGCAGAUUGUCCAGCAGCUAGAAUUCACGACCUCGGCGGCGAAUAACUCUCAGGCGCAGCAGAUCUCGACAAACGUAACAGUGAAAGCGCUGACAAACGCGUCUGUCAAGAGCGAUCUUCUGAACGCGUCCUCCUCCCCGAAGCCCGGGACGGAUACUACCGCGUCCGCUGCAUCCAGGCCGCAGACCGGAAAUGGUAACGGCCCCGGUGGUCCCGGUGGACCUGGUCCUGGCGCGGGUCUUGGAGGACCUGUUCCUGGCAACGCUGGCGGCAGCGGCGGGAUUGGUUGCGUCGAUAUCGGUAACCUGGUGGAAUGCAAGCAGGAACCCGAUAACGAGUUUGUGGAUCUAGAACAGUGCGCCGCCGCGUUGGAGAAGGAUGUCGCGGCGAACGGCCUUCAUGGGUUCUCCGAGUUUAUAGGUGAUGACACCAGCGAUGAGAUUAUUGCGUCGGAUGCGUUCAAGGAUCUCAUCUCUGAAAUAUCGGACUUUCAUCCGGAGUUCAUGAAGGACUUUGAUUUCGAGGAUAAAAGCGUCGACGCAUUGGCGAACAACGCCGCGGUGGCGGCCGCGGCCGCCGCUGCUGUUGCGAAUAACAACAACAAUAGCAACAACAACAACAACAAUAACAACGGGCUCCCGACGAAUAACGGACAGAUCAAGAUCGAGGAUGACAAGGAUACGAUACAUCCGCAGCAGCAGCAGCACCCGAACAGCGCGAACAACGUCAAUAGUAACAACGUCGGUAAUAACAACAGCAACGCUAUGCCGGCCAACUCGAGUCCGGGCACUCUCGCUUCCUCGCAAUAUUCACCCGUGCGACUCGCUUACACCGGACUGGACUUCAAAUCAGAGAUGAAUCCCGCGGCCCAAACCCUCAAGCAGAUGGCCGAGCAGCAUCAACACAAGAGUCAACAACUGGGUCUGGGCGGAUUCAAUCCUACGGCUGCCGCAGCGGCUGCAGCGGCGCGAGGCCCCACAGCGAGGUCUCCCUACGCCGAAUUUCCCCAGUUUGGUGGCGCGUCCGAUUACCUCGGCAGUCCCGGCAGCACGGGCCCUACUGGCGGACAGAAUCAGGCCGCGUCCACCGGGACCGGCUCGUAUCACAAGAACAAUGGUACGCCGACCUUCCAGAGUCAGCAGACGAACGACAUGUUCGUCGGCUCGCAGACGCAAUUUGCCGCGGCGGGUCUGACGGACAUGAAAAGGCCUCAGCCAGCUACGACGGGCGGAAAACCCAGUAUGCUCGGACCGACCGGUGGCUACAAGCAACAGUACUCGCCGUACGGUAGCCCGGGCUCGAUGCCGAAUCACGGCAGUCCGGGAUACCCCAUGCCACCCAGAGGAUCCCAAGGUGGCGGACCGAAUCAGACCGGCUCGCAAGGACCCUUCAAUACGAACUCUACACCGCCGAGACCUCCUUCCGGACCUGGUACUUCCACCUUGCAGAUCAAUCAAGCGCAGCAACUGCACAUCAGUAAUCAGAUCCAAGUGUCGGCCGGCCAGCAUAUGCAGCUGACGGGCGACCUGAAGCCGGUCGUGUCCGUCGCGGCUCAGCAGGAGUACUUCAAUCAACAACAACCGCAGAAUCAGGCAGGACCUGCCGCUAACCAGACCGACACCUACUGUUCGGUUACCCAGACCCCGACCAUCAACUUUACCCAGCAGAGCCUGAGGCAGAGGACGGCCGCAGCUGGUGGAGUCCCGCAACCCGGG